UGAGAAUGAAAAUUAUAUCUGAUUUUCAUAAUCGGGUGGGGAAAAAAAUCUGCUAUCGGACACUUUUUUUUCAAUUAUAUUUUUUUUCUUAGCUUGAUUGAAUUUCGGCUCACAUUUUUUUAUUUUAAUAUUACUCGUACAACGCACGCGCAGAACAUCGCCAAAAAUCGCCCAGCGCCAUAUUGAGAGAGGCGGACGUUGUAUGACUUGAGUGAUUAAUCGUGGUUAGUGCAAUAAAUUGAAGUGGAACAUUUGAUCGUGCCCUAUGGAUAAACAUUCGGGAGUGGUGUGCCUUGGUUGAAAGGCCUGCCGAAAGGACAGGGCUCCGCGCGUGAGGAAGGUCUGCGGCCCUCCGCCCUGAGGAAACAUGGACUGCUGCAUGUCAGAAGAAGCCAAAGAACAGAAAAGAAUCAACCAAGAAAUAGAACGGGUACUCCGAAAGGACAAACGUGAUGCCAGAAGAGAACUCAAACUUCUGCUGCUUGGCACUGGCGAGUCGGGGAAGUCAACAUUCAUCAAGCAGAUGAGAAUCAUCCACGGCUCCGGCUACAGCGACGACGACAAGCGGGGCUUCAUCAAGCUCGUCUACCAGAACAUCUUCAUGGCGAUGCAGAGUAUGAUCCGGGCCAUGGAUCUACUCAAAAUACAAUACGGUGUUCCGUCCAAUUUAGAAAAGGCGGAUUUGAUAUCAUCAAUCGACUUCGAGAGCGUGACCACGUUCGAGAGUCCGUACGUGGAGGCGAUCAAGGGGCUGUGGGCCGACAACGGCAUUCAGGAGUGCUAUGACCGCAGGCGGGAGUACCAGCUCACUGACUCUGCCAAAUACUACUUGCAGGAGAUAGACCGCGUGGCGGCACCCAAUUACUUACCAACCGAACAAGACAUCCUCCGCGUGAGAGUGCCCACGACGGGCAUUAUAGAAUACCCCUUUGACUUGGAGGAGAUACGAUUUAGAAUGGUAGACGUCGGGGGCCAAAGAUCCGAGAGAAGGAAGUGGAUCCACUGUUUUGAAAACGUCACCUCCAUCAUAUUCUUAGUAGCUCUUAGUGAAUAUGAUCAAAUUUUAUUCGAAUCUGAAAAUGAGAACCGAAUGGAAGAGUCAAAGGCGUUGUUUAAGACCAUCAUCACGUACCCCUGGUUCCAGCAUUCUUCGGUCAUCCUCUUCCUCAACAAGAAGGACUUGCUCGAGGAGAAAAUCAUGUAUUCGCAUCUUGUCGACUACUUCCCUGAAUAUGACGGUCCGCAGCGCGACGCCAUCACGGCGCGCGAGUUCAUACUGCGGAUGUUCGUGGACCUCAACCCGGAUGCGGAGAAAAUCAUCUAUUCACAUUUCACUUGUGCGACAGACACCGAGAACAUCCGGUUCGUGUUCGCGGCGGUGAAGGACACCAUCCUGCAGUCCAACCUGAAGGAGUACAACCUCGUGUAAGGCCGGCGACACACCUGUGAUUGUGUAUAACACGUAACUGAACAUCCACACGGCAUGUGAACUGAGAUCGGAUGGACGAACUUAUUCAUCUUAAAAUGUUUAAUGAGAAAGUAAGGAUAGAUUUAAGUCAUUUAACCUCCGAGUCAUUUUACCGGCGGAGAUCGGACCGCGCGAGACGCGUCAGGUUUUUUGACAUGAUUUUUUAUGAUGAAGUUAUUCACAAUUUAUGUAUGUGUCUGUAUCGGUGAAUAUUAAAUUGUGCAUUUUAAAAGUCGUGGCGAGUCUCGGGCUAACCAUGAGCUGCUUUUAGUCAUUGUUUUAGGAUUUUUGUAAAGUUUGUUGCCAUAAUAUCUUUCUACAUUAGAAUACAUUUAUUAUGUCCAGACGGAUGGAUUUGAACAAACUAGUCCAAUGAACUUACGCGUGUUUUGUAUCAUCCUCACGGGCUCGACAGGACUUCCUACUAAUGUAUCGAUCGGGUCGCUUCCGUGUUACUAUUACGUAUUUAUUUUAGUUACGAAAUGUCUCGUAGAGUUACUCGCUCCGGAGCGGAGCCGGCCGGAUGCGGACGGACGCGCCGGCAUUCCUUCAUCUUACCUCCUCGGAUGACACACGUAUUUUUUAAGCUUAAUAUACGUAAACCUUGGUUACUGCGAUUGCUGCAUCUGUAUUCCUUAUGGGAGGGUUAUGAAAUCCAAUGAUUUCAGCAUCUCAAGGUAAACGUAUAAAGGCUUGUAAAUACGUUUGUAUAGACGAGGCCUAAGGCCGGACUUUAUUUAUAGGUUCUCAAUUUACAAAGCACAAAAUGUCUGGCCUUGGGAGGAUGCGCACAAGAAUAGUUCAGUCUUCCCUUAGACAGCGAGCGGCGUCCGUCCGCACGAUCGACUCCUCUGAUCCAAUUCGGUUUACACAUAAUAAUUAUAAAAUCAUUACCCUUUGUUCUGUUAGCUUGAAAGAUUUAUAAAUUUAUUGUAUUUAAAGAAAUAUUACGUUACUUUUGUACAUUUGAAUUUUGUUACUUGAAUAUAUGUUAUUAUUUAAGCUGUUUAUAUUUAAAUAUGGUGUUUUGUACACGAAUUGACGCAAGUUGUCUCACGUCAACUGUAGGCUUGUUUGUGUACGCAGUGGUCUGGUGUAUUUGGUUUCUUCCCGACAUCCGUGUACGAGAUAUGCCAGUCGGCUAGCCGUAUGUCGAACAUAGGGAGAUAACUACGUUAGGUGUUUAAGGACAUUUUUGAUGCAUUUGAUAUAACUUUUUUUACUAGAAACCCAAGGGAUUUCAAUAAAGCGAAAAUGUGACUUGUAAAAACCGAUACCGAUGUUUUUUGCACGAACGCUUUUACCACAUGGAUGUAAUAUAUUGUACAUUUGGGUCUAAAUGUGCUGAGUGAAUUGAGCUGACAGUUCCGUGCCAGGUUUUGCUAUUGGCAUGUUGUGAAGCACAAGGUAGGUAUCGUACGUUUAACUUGUUUACCAUGUUCAGAGAUUUAUGUUAUCGAUUUAGUGUGUCGCUUCGUGUUAUUAUUUAGUGACUUACUUGUUUAUAGUAAGAAACAUAGUUUCUAUUAUGGAGAUAUAUGAUUUUAUUGUAUUAACUUAUUUGUUGUUACGUCUUUAUUUCUAUCGCGCCGUUAGAGGUCCGUCUGAUCGAACGCACACGUCAGACUUUGUCAAUAGCAAAGCUUUAAUUGAGAUACAGCUGUCUGAUAUGCUCAAAGAUUAUGUGAAAUUGAAACUUAGCGCACAAUAUUGGAACUUUCUUAUCGAUGUUAACCACUGAUGUGCAAUCUCUGUGUAAGCCCUGUACAUAGCGGGUCCGCUCGCGCCGCCGUUAGGGCGCGGUCACACUGCCGGCGCUAGGGCGCGGGGCGUCCGCGUGUUCCACUAGAGACUGAUGUUUUAUAUGCGAUAAUGGACGUCCCAGGGACGCCCGACCUUCGUAAUGUCUUAAUUACAGUGUAGCGUUUAAAAGGAAACAAAGCACAAUGAACCUUAUUGUAUUGGUGAUUAGUUAUAUUUUAAGAGGCCCCUAGUGCCGCGCCGCGUGCUGACCGCGCCCGCGCGCGGGUGCGGUUAUACCUAUUUGAUUUUACGGUUGGGCGAAGACUACACAAAUAUUGCUAAAACUAUAUUAUAGUCUAACGUUGCUUUACCUUUUGCGUGAGAUUGUGAGAGUUUUAGCUUAAGUUUACGACUGAAGACGGAUGCCUGUAUGAAAUAUUGUAAAUUAUAAUUUCUCAUAAAAUAUAAUUUUUUUCAGCUA